AUGUUUCCCUUUACCAAACUAACAAGCAAUAUAUGCUUGAAGAACCAUUUCUUCAGUAAUGGUAAUCUUUUAUCACUCUCAUUGAAGAAUAUGAGACAACAAAAGAUUUCUUCAUUCAGAUCAAAUAUUCAAUUAUUACAAUCCAACUUUAUACCGAUCAGAGGCUACAUCAGGGAAACUGUGUACCAACAAACAAGAAAUUCGCCUUUGAGAAGAAGCAGUACUUGGAAGCAAUAUAAUCUGUUUUACAACAGAUCCAAUUGGGAUAAAUUGAAGAAACCGUUAUUGUUCACCAUUGCAUUUUGUGUGGGGACAACUUUAGUAACACCAUAUUUGUUUACCUACACCCCUUUGUCCUACUUCAAACGGAACCCACAAUCACUUCUUUGGUCACUUAUUGGUAUUAACGGUGCCGUAUUUUUGAUGUGGCGGAUUCCGCGAUUACAAUGGUUCACUAUGAAAUACGGAAUUUUGUUUAAAGACAACUUGCAAUCACCUUGGACAUUAUUGGGUUCUGCUUUCUCCCAUCAAAGCUUUGCACAUUUUUUUAUAAAUAUGUUGGCAUUACAAUCAUUCGGCUCUACUUUGGUGGCAUUUUUGGGUGUAUCUAACUUUACAAUCAUGUACUUGAAUUCGGCUGUCAUUUCUUCAUUUGCUUCUUUGGCAAUUCCUAUGUUUUUAGGGUCAUCUUUAUCAGUUGCUUCGUUGGGUGCAUCAGGUGCUAUAUUUAGUGUUUUCGGUGUAUUUUCCUUUUUGUUCCCUGCUUCACCUGUUGGGUUGUUCUUUAUCCCAAUUCCAGGUGGCGCCUGGAUGUUGUUCCUUGGUACUACACUUUGGAAUGCUGCCGGGACAGUUUUACGUUGGGGUACGUUUGAUUAUGCUGCUCAUCUUGGGGGAAGCAUUGUUGGGAUAGCUUAUGGUUACUGGUACAAUAGAAAAAGAAAACAACAAAUUCGUAGACGAAGACAUACAUUAGAUUUCUAA